UGAUUCAUAAACACAGGCUGUGAGACAUACUUGUGACAUUCACUGUUCGCAUGUCAACUGUAUAAAGAAUCUAAAAAUUAACAUUAUGCUGUCGUCUUUUUCCCGACUGCGUGGAAUAACCCAUUUCAUCAGCAGCAUCCCUGCCAGAAACCUUGUGGUAACUGGCACUUCUCACCUUAGAUUAUUCAGCAACUGGAUUGUGCCCAGGGCAGCUGCAGGAGCCCAGAUUUCCAGAUGUGGGCCACUUUCAUUACAAGCUGAGGGUUCAGGAGUGUUCCAACAGCUUCCGUGGCAAUACCAGCAGGUACGGACACGGAAAAGAGGCACAGAGUAUCAGCCCAAGAACAUCAAACGCAAGAGGACACACGGAUGGAUCAAGAGGAUCAGCUCACAAGGCGGCAUCGAGGUGAUUCUACGGCGCAUGUUGAAGGGACGGAAAUCACUCUCACACUAAAAGUUCCUGUUGCAAAACUUGCGAGACUGAGGGAAAAAAACAUUGGCUCUGCAAAGAACUUGUGUAUUGGUUAACUGGUGAUAAUGGGUGUGGGUUUGGGCAUUGGUACUCCCAUUGCAUUAAUAAUGAAUGGGAGAAUGAAAACGGGCCGUCAACAAACAAGUUGCAUAUGCCUUGGGUAAAUGAAAGCCUUCUAGUUUCACCCUAUUUGUCAUUCAUAAAACUUUUGGUCAUAAACAUUAAAUGUUAGUAGAUUUAUGGAUUUUUUUUUUCUUUGCUUGUGUGAAAUCAUUUGGUUCAAAGACAAUUUUUGUCUUUAAAAAACUGCGUCAUCUUAGUUGUUCUCAAGUGAAAGUGCCAAUUCUGGUUGACUUUGAAAUAAAAACCAUCCCUGCAGAAUUAAA